CCUCUUGGGCUCCCUCCAGCCAGACUGUAGACCUACUAGAAACUAUAGCGACACCUGAGUGUCGCCCCACUGGCUAAACUAUCCCGUCACAAUGCUGUCACGAACGUUGAUUGUUCCUUUGAUCUUUGCUUUGGCUGGUCUUGCUCUCUCAGCCCCCAUUACUGAUGGAACAGAGGGAGAUAAUGAUGAGAGAGCUGCUGCUUUGCUAGAGCACCUUAAUGUUAAGCACACUGACAAGCCCUCCAGUCAAAGCCUACACACAUAUGGAUCGCUUCCGAUAUGUGCCAAAGAUGGCGAAGGCCCCACUGGCAGCCCGGUAGUUGCAGCAGCAGCUGGAGACUCUGUAGGGACCACAGAUGCGACUGACUCUAGUAAAGAGCUGGCUGGAGAUGUGAGUAGCAGUGAUACAUCCACAGACACAAGCAAUGGAGAUACCAGCGUGGAAACCACAGGCAGUCCUGAUGCCCCAGAUGCAGCUGAAGCAGCAGGCAGCCAAGAUACAACUGAUGCAACUGAUGCAGCUGAAGCAGCAGGCAGCCAAGAUACAACUGAUGCAGCUGAAUCAGCAGAUGUGGAUAAGUCUCCAGAAGAUGACUCCACAGAGUCUCCAGAAAGUGAUUCCACAGAGUCUCCUGACAGUGACUCCACAGAGUCUCCUGACAGUGACUCCACAGAUGAAGUGUUGACAGGUGUGCAAGCUGACUCUGACGUGACCAGUGAUGACACGGAGCAGGCCAUGGAGACAGACAAAGAUGACGACAAGAGUGACUCAGAGGAUGCAGAUGGGAAGGAUACUGCAGGUGAAGAAGAAAUGGUAGAUAAUGACUCUGCAGAUGCUGCCACAGACAAAGACGAUAGUGAUGAGGAUAAGGACAUUGAACUAGAUGGUAAGGCUCCUGCAGAAGAGAAGGACAGCGCAGAAGACACAGAGACAGAGGAAGCGAUGGACAGCGACAGCAAACAAGACGAACCAGACUCAGACACUAAGGAUGACAAGCCAGACAAAGACGACAAGAAAGACAGCAGCGAAGAAGAGGCCCAGGUUCCGGAGGAAGAACCAGAGCACCAGGAAAUAGAAGAAAAGGACAGCGAGAGCCAACAGGACACCUCAGAAGAAAACGACAAGCCAGACAAAGAAGUUGAGAAAGACAGCGACAGCUCAGACGAAAACGACAAGCCAGACAAAGAAGAUGAGAAAGACAGCGACAGCUCAGACGACCACAAAGACAGCAGCGAAGAAGAGGCCCAGGUUCCGGAGGAGGAACCAGAGCACCAGGAAAUAGAAGAAAAGGACAGCGAGAGCCAACAGGACACCUCAGAAGAAAACGACAAGCCAGACAAAGAAGAUGAGAAAGACAGCGACAGCUCAGACGAAAACGACAAGCCAGACAAAGAAGAUGAGAAAGACAGCGACAGCUCAGACGACCACAAAGACAGCAGCGAAGAAGAGGCCCAGGUUCCGGAGGAGGAACCAGAGCACCAGGAAAUAGAAGAAAAGGACAGCGAGAGCCAACAGGACACCUCAGAAGAAAACGACAAGCCAGACAAAGAAGAUGAGAAAGACAGCGACAGCUCAGACGAAAACGACAAGCCAGACAAAGAAGAUGAGAAAGACAGCGACAGCUCAGACAACCACAAAGACAGCAGCGAAGAAGAGGCCCAGGUUCCGGAGGAGGAACCAGAGCACCAGGAAAUAGAAGAAAAGGACAGCGAGAGCCAACAGGACACCUCAAAAGAAAACGACAAGCCAGACAAAGAAGAUGAGAAAGACAGCGACAGCUCAGACGAAAACGACAAGCCAGACAAAGAAGAUGAGAAAGACAGCGACAGCUCAGACGACCGCAAAGACAGCAGCGAAGAAGAGGCCCAGGUUCCGGAGGAGGAACCAGAGCACCAGGAAAUAGAAGAAAAGGACAGCGAGAGCCAACAGGACACCUCAGAAGAAAACGACAAGCCAGACAAAGAAGAUGAGAAAGACAGCGACAGCUCAGACGAAAACGACAAGCCAGACAAAGAAGAUGAGAAAGACAGCGACAGCUCAGACGACCACAAAGACAGCAGCGAAGAAGAGGCCCAGGUUCCGGAGGAGGAACCAGAGCACCAGGAAAUAGAAGAAAAGGACAGCGAGAGCCAACAGGACACCUCAGAAGAAAACAACAAGCCAGACAAAGAAGAUGAGAAAGACAGCGACAGCUCAGACGACAGCAAAGACAGCAGCGAAGCGGAUGUCCAGGUCUCGGAGGAGGAACCAAAGCAGCAGGAAAUGGACAUGAAGGAAAGAGGUGACGUGGGGGAAGAGCAGGCCAGCCCUGAAGACAACAUCAAGGAGGGAAGCCCUGUAGGGAGCCAAGACUUUGAGCCUCUACAGGAUUCGGAGGAGGAGGCGGAGAUGGAGUCAAAGGAGGAGGGGAAGCUGGAGGAGGCGGAGAAGGAAGAGGAGGAGCUGGAUGCGGAGAUGAACCUAGACACAACAGAGUCCGACAGUAAGGAUGACAGUAAGAAUGAGAUUAAGGAUGAGAGUGAGGAUAAGACUGAGGCUGACGCAGACUCCAACAGCGAGGAGGACAUUGGGACCAGGGAUGCCCCUAAACCACAAGAGGAUGACAGUGAAGAGGACACUGAUGAUAGCAUGAUGAAGGAGCCAAAAGAUUCUGAUGAUGCUGACAAAGAUGAUAUGGACAAGGAUGCCUCUGACUCAGAGGAUGACAAAUCUGAAUCUGAUGCAGAGCCAGGCACAGAUUCACACAAAGAUGAGGAUGAGACCGACGAGGAUUCCCAUGAUGUGUCAGAGUCCAUGACGAAAGAUGACGAUAUGGAUGAUGAUGACAUGGAUGGGGCAGAAAUAAUGGCUCCAGAUUCAGAAGCUGUUCCAGCUGACAUUCUGGACCAACCAGACCAACAGGAUUACAUGACACAGGGUGCCUCUCACGGCGCUGAUGCACCGGCAGCCCAGUCUUAGCCCUGUGGGUUGAGGCCACAUGAUGCUGUGAAUGGAAUCAGACAGUUUGAUAGUCCCAUCAUGGUGAAUCCCACUUAAAACCAACAAGUCCUCCUGUAGUCAUGACAACAAACAGUGUAAAAGAAACUUACGUUCCUUACGUUCAUUAACCCUCUCUUGCCACUCAAAAUGGUGAAGGUGUCUACGGGGAUACAAUUCAAUUAUUCUACUGUUUUGGUGUACAUUUCAUUUUUACCCACUUUUUGACUGCAUUGUUGUUUUUUUGGCAUCUCAAGGGUAGUUUAAUAUUUGAUCAUGGAGAAUAUAUAUUUUUUCAACUUUGUUUUUUUGUUAAAGACAGUUUAUUUAAGUUGUGACAUCAUCAUUAUACAAGUUACACCCCUGUCUUAUCAACUAGCGUGUUGAUAAAAUGGUCAACAUGUUCCCUUACAAUGCCCUUGAAAUAAACAGAAGCCUGUUUUUUUAAGAUAGCAUUCAGUCAUUGUAGGUUUGCUAGGUUUCUGCAGGUUGUGGGUUACUACAGUUUUCCUCUUGCUUUCAUGUGAUGCAUUGCUGUCUCAGUCCUUGACAGAAAAGCUCAAUUGGCACUUUUUCCUUAACCGAUAACGGCUGCUACAUUUGAAAAAUAACUCCUACUGGCUCAGUUCAACAUUAAUUUUAAAGUUAUUAGUAACAUAAGGUUCUUUAUAAAAAAAAAUGAAGUGUACAUACAAUGUCUUUGAUUAAGUAUAAUUUACAUUGGUUGGACAAAUGGUAAAAUAACAAUUGCAUAGACAUAAUGAGAAUUUCAUUUCAUAACUGUAUGCACACAGGGGAAAAUCUAAUAAAUAUUGAGUUGUCAGAUAA